AUAUUAAAUCAAUGCAUCUCAUAUGCGUUUCAUAUAAAGCACAAUAUAUUAUACGCAUUAAUUAAAAAAACAAAAAUGUUUGGGGCCCUCUCCCUGCCCCUCUGACCACUUUUCUAAAACCCGGCCCAGUCCAGAUGUAUUUGUAUCAUUUGUGCGUGCUUUUAUUUUGAUGCACAAUCCGGUGGCUGUAAUGCCUGCAGCUUGACGCGGCUGUGGCGGAGAGGCCCAGCCUACGCUGAUUACGCACCAGCAGAAGGAGGAGGGGGACCGAGCCGAUGUCCUCUCUGGUGCACUCAGCCAACCUGUGCCGUUGUAAAGCUGGUGCUACUCUGGCGCGUCGGCGUAAAGCGUCCGCCGAGACAACCCCAGAUUGGCUGGCGUCGAGAUCCUCCGAGUUGGCCGCUUUCCGCCGCGGACAUCAUUUCGCGCCCGCGUUGCGCAUGGAAUGGUUUUGGGGCGACUGGAGUAGAAAUGCAGCGCUGCACGUCCAGCCCACAACAAGAACCAUGCCCAACUUACACUGCAAGCAAACCCGCGGCAUCCCGUUUCACCCUUCACGACUUUGAUAUGAGAGAGACCUGCUCGGAUCUCGACGAGGAGUGAAGGAAACGAUCCCCGUCGCCGGCACCGGCUGAAGGACGCUGUUUUUCCUCUGCAGAAGCUCCAGCGACCCAAUCUCUCUCUCUCUCUCUCUCUCUCUCUCUCUCUCUCUCUCUCUCUCUCUCUCUCUCUCUCUUUCUCUCUCCCCCAUCCCCUGUCGUCCCCCCCACUCCGCGCGCGCACUCAGCAUUUAGGAUUUUUCUCUUUUUGAUGGAGCUGGAGAACAUAGUAGCCAACACUGUACUGCUAAAAGCCAGAGAGGGUGGAGGUGGAAAACGGAAAGGCAGGAGUAAAAAAUGGAAGGAGAUCCUUCGCUUUCCUCACAUAAGCCAGUGUGCUGAACUGGGAAAAAUCAUUGAGAGGGAUUAUGCCAGCAUCUGCGUCAAGCAGCCUAUUGGAAGGCUUCUCUUUCGUCUUUACUGUGAGACCAAACCCAACUUGCAACGAUGCAUUCAGCUGCUGGACGCAACGGAAGACUAUGAGGUUACACCUGAUGAGAAAAGAAAAAGCAGGGGGGAGCAAAUCAUCAAGACCUUCCUUUCAAAACAAUCACCUCAGCGGGUAGACAUAGCCGAGGUUUUUGCUGAGCAAUGCAGAGAGAACUUCGAGCUCAGUCCUUGUAAGGAGAUCUUCAGCGACUGCCGCAAGGCGGUCCAUGAGUACCUGAGUGGAGCUCCGUAUUCAGACUAUCAGAACAGCAUGUACUUUGACCGCUUUCUUCAGUGGAAGAUGCUGGAGAGGCAACCAAUCACUAAAGACACAUUCAGACAGUACCGGGUGCUGGGAAAGGGCGGAUUUGGGGAGGUGUGCGCGUGCCAGGUCAGAGCAACAGGGAAGAUGUACGCCUGCAAGAAACUGGAGAAGAAGAGGAUCAAGAAGAGGAAAGGAGAGUCCAUGGCUCUGAACGAGAAGCAGAUUUUGGAGAAAGUCAACAGUCGGUUUGUUGUCAGCCUGGCGUACGCGUACGAGACCAAAGACGCACUGUGUCUGGUGCUGACUAUCAUGAACGGCGGCGACCUGAAGUUUCACAUCUAUAACAUGGGCACACCGGGCUUCGACAAAGACAGGGUCCAGUUUUAUGCUGCUCAGAUCUGCUGCGGACUCGAGCAUUUGCACAGGGAAUCUAUUGUCUACAGGGAUUUGAAGCCGGAAAACAUCUUAUUAGAUGAUAAUGGACACAUUCGGAUCUCUGACCUGGGGCUGGCCAUCAAAGUGCCUGAAGGAGAACCCAUCAGAGGCAGGGUGGGGACGGUGGGCUACAUGGCUCCAGAGGUGAUCAACAAUGAAAAAUACGCCAUGAGCCCCGACUGGUGGGGACUGGGCUGCCUCGUUUACGAGAUGACCGCGGGAAGAUCGCCCUUUCGUGCCCGGAAAGAGCGAGUGAAGCGGGAGGAAGUGGAGAGGAGGGUGCAGGAGGAAGAGGAGGAGUACAACGACAAGUUUACAGAGGACGCGAAGGCGAUCUGCAGAAUGCUGCUCACCAAAGACCCCAAGCAGAGGCUUGGGUGCAACGCGGAUGGAGCAGCGGGCGUCAAGGCCCACUCGUUCUUCAAAAACAUCAACUUCAAGAGGAUGGAGGCUGGAAUUGUAGAUCCUCCCUUCGUGCCUGAUCCUCGGGCCGUGUACUGUAAGGAUGUUUUGGACAUAGAGCAGUUCUCCACUGUCAAGGGAGUAAAUUUGGACCAAACCGACAAUGACUUCUACUCCAAAUUUGCUACUGGCUGUGUUCCCAUCCCAUGGCAGAAUGAGAUGAUAGAAACGGAGUGUUUCAGAGACCUGAACGUGUUUGGGCCCCAAGGGACGAGACCUCCAGAUCUGGACUGGAAUCAGCCGCCAGAGCCACCCAGACGUAGCCUGCUGGACAGGAUCUUCAGGAGGCAUCACCCAGAUGUGCCCAUCUCCAACAGCCGUGUGCAGUCUUCCAGUGUAAAUUCUGUGGACUCCAUGUCCAACUCUGCCCCCUAGUGGCACAGCUGACAGUGUGGGACCUACUUAACCCACAAACGUACUCUCAAGAAGGGAAGGAGCUCGGAAGGGCUUCCCUGUUGCCGAUUGGUCCACAGCUCAAAGGCCUGAGCAGCAGCUGGAGACAGCCUGUUUAAAAGCCUAAAUGGUCAGGGAGGGGAAGAGGCAGGGUGGGGGGAUUGACCGGGCCCUGAGAUCCUGGGCAUUAGUAGUAGGACACUUGAUGUUGUGGAGAUGUUUGGAAAUAUUCAGACAAACCUUUCUUUCCCUCAGGAUUGUUGGACUGUAGAACAGAGCCACUGUUGUUUUUCUUGAACAAGAAAAAGGAUUAAAAAGAAACAAACUGAUAAUCAGGGGAUUCACUGUAUAAUAAAGACCACCACAGGGAAUAAAGGUUGGGCGGGGGUGGGUGGGGGUACGGGUAAUGCAUUUGUUUUAAAAAAAAAAAAAAGUUUUUUUUUUUUUUUUUUUUUGCUUUCAUUUCAGUCUUGUACUUUCUGGCCUGUAUCUUAUACCAAUAUCUCUCUCAUCUCUCCGCUUCCCCCUGACGUGUCACCAUCUGCACAACUCUUAACUUAUUCUUUCUCCGUUCUUCACCUUCCAGACCUCAGAUGACUUCAGAACACGCCACCUCAGCAACCUCAAACACACAAUGUACAUUGCCUUCGCGUACACUCAGGCCAAAGAUUGCAGUUCUAGUUUUGUGAUACUGUUGUCAUGUUGAAUUGUUGGUUUUUUUGAAGGGUUUUAGCUGUUGUGUAGAACUACAGGAGGAUCAGAAUGUGUGAUCCCAUUUAUAGACUUUUCUUUAAAUAUGAGCCUGCAGACAUAUCAUACAGCUUCUAGCACACACGCACACACACACACCCACACCCACACGCACACACACACGCAUGCAUACAGUACAGCGCCUUCCAGAACUAUCCAUACCUCCUGAAUACGUCGUUGCUAAUUACAAUCACAAACUACAAUGGGUUUCUCUGAGAGUUUAUGAUUGACUGACACAAUAUAGCCCAUGGUAUGUCGUUUUAAACUUUAAUUAUACAAAAAAUCUAAAAAGUGUGGCAUGCAUUUGCAUGAAUUCCUCCAGUAAAUACUUUAUCGAACCACCUUUUGCUGCAUUUAGUGUGUAUGCCUCUUAUGGCUUUUUCACAUAUUUUUGCCAAUUCUACUUUGUGAAGUACCUUGAACCUAUUCAGAUAUCUGAAGACUCUCAACUGGAUUCAGACUUUAUCUUUGACAUUCCACUGUAGCUGUGGUUCUGUUCCGGGUCCUGGUUCCGCUGGAAGACGAACCUGUUCUCAGGUCAUUUAGGCGGCCUCCUCAGGCCUCCUUUCUCCUGCCUCCUUCAUGUUCUCAGCCUGUCCGUGUAUGCAGAAGGCCUUGUCUUCUUAUGUUUGCAGCUGUGCCUCGCCCUUUCCACUUUUUAUUUAGCUCAAAUUUGGUUUUUCUCAAAAAUAUGUCAUUUAUCCCAAAGGGAAAUGAAACGUUGUCGCAUCUUAUACCGUCCAGUUAUCUUCAGAGUUGUUGUGGAUGUGACCCCGGCGCUGCUACUCCAGCAUGCUGCCACUUUGAGCGCCGCAAGUGUAGAAUAACAAGUUGAUGGGUGGAACAUUUUUCUGCAAGUUUACGUUAUUUGAGAACUCAAAACAGCUUAAAUAUCUUGACAAUCUUUCCUGAAUCUCUGACUGUUUUGGUUUUCGUUAGGCUGUUUCUUUAGCCAUGUUCUCCAACAAAAACCUCAGAGGGUUUCACAGAACAGCUAGGAUUAAAUUAGAAAAAGAUUCUUUUUUUAUUUAUAGUUAUUUCACGGUAUGAGAGUAAAGGGCGGUCAAUACAAAUGCAUGCCAAACUGCAUGCAUUGUGUCCUGUCACAGAGAAUCCCGAACAAAAGCUUGUGAUUGAAACACGACAGAAAUGAGUAGUUUUGCGAGGCGCCGCACUGCGAACACACUCAGACUUGUGAGAAUCGUGUUGUGUUUUCAUUGCAUGGACAAGCGUAAGUAUGGACAGCUGUAUCCCUUUUUGCUUCUGCAUACCUCAUUCCUCCGACUCUGCCGUCUUAUAACCCACAGACGUUUCCCUCGGUUUACAGUGUCACUUUAUAUUUGGCAUUAUGUGGAGUUUGACGACUAAUUAAUAUGCUGUACAGAAACAGAUCUUUCUCUUUUUUCUUCCUUUUUUUUGGGUAGUUAUCUGCACAGUCCCCAUGGAGUGGAGAAGAACACAUGCACUCAGCAUGACUUACAAGUUGCACAAUUUAAUAUACCAUCAAGCUGUUUUGUUACCAAAUUAAAAUGUCUUUCCUCUGACCAUUAAGGCACAUCCUUGUAUUUAUACCGUCACAUGCCGCUUGUUUUUCUUCUACACCCGAGACUUAAAAGUGUUCUUCUCGCUCUCCCUAUGCCUUUUCCAUGUAAACAAUAUUGCUGCAUAGCCAUUGCUGUCUCAUGUACAGAUUAUUUUUAUAAAUAUAUAUAUAUCUUUUUUUUUUUUUUUUCCCGUUUACAGUAAGCCCUCAGUGCGCUCUUCAAAAAUGCCUCACGAAUCUAAAGGGUCUUCCUCUUGUUUUGUGUCCAACUGUAACCCGAAGACACAGGGUAUCGAGAACUACCUGAAAGGUUUACCUUAUCUGAAUCUUCUUUAAUCAGCCCAGCUCCUUGGCGUCAGAGCUGAGGAGGAGGAGGAAGAGGAGAGGAAGACACCAGAGAAUCUCCACACAAAGAAGUGGCCUUCCCGCAGCAGCACAGCCAAUUAAAGGGAGGGAGAGCACUGGCUCUUCUGCUUCGUUUUUAAGAAUGUGGUGUAUUUCCCUGUUUUAAGCUGGCGGAAGCUGUUCCAUGCAGUAAUUUUAAUCGUCCUUACCGAUCUCACACAAGCCUGUUUUUUUUUGUUGUUAUUGUUUUUUCUUUUCCUCUGCGUAUUUGACGUGAAAAAGGGGAAAAAGAAAAAAAAAAGUUUCUGAAUCAGACUGAAGUGCCUCCUUGUUAGCAUGAUUUCCAGACAAUGCCCACACAGACAUCAGCACUUUGUUUAUUAUCUGACUGUCAUGCUCUGUUUGCUUCGCUGGGAAACACAAAUACACGUAGACUUGCACAGUUUGUUGGAAGGGAAGGGAAAGAGGAGUCGCAGACGGAGCGGAGUCUAUGAGGGAAUUUUCCUUCUUAAUGUGAUGUACAGCAAAGUGCUGAGUGCAUGUGAAAGCCAAACCCACUGUGUCAAUCAAGUCCUAAUAAACUCUGUAUUAUAGUUUGAAUACUCA